AGGUGCGAGCGGCGAAGACCGACGACGCACGCCGUUUCGCCCGUCCCUGCCGCAGCAGCAGCAUGCGCGAAAUGGGCGUCAGCUGUCAUGCAGAACAGAACAGUGAUGUCACCAGCAGCGGCGGCGGCGGUGGGGGAAACACAGCUUCGUCGCCUGCCCUCGCCGAAGUCGCGCCGCAGGCUAGCAUGCGCUCUUCGACGGCGCGACCACCGGCGACGAGACCACAGGCCGAGGACUAGCACAGGCGCCGUCUCUUCUGGAGACCGGCGCAGACCGCUUGCCCCGCGUCGGAACACUUGUGCGUCCUGGCGGCCCGCAGGUGGACGUAAGAGACCCGGGGUCGACGCACCACGGGUUCAGCAGGCCAGGUGCGCGAUGCGGUCGCCGCAGACUGUGACGCGGGCGACCACUGAGGAAGGGGGCCCGACCGGAGCCUGCGCAGAAGGUGCAACGCCGGUGGAGUUAUCUAAUCAGCGAGCCCUUGCGAAGGUAAGAGAUAAGGACAGAAUGGGAGGCUGACGUUCCCCCCGCUUCUUCGCACUGCAUACGUGCACUCCGUACGUAUCUGUCGCACCUCUACGCGGACAUCUUUGGUUUGACUUUUUUUUUUUUUUUUUUACGAUGCGGCAGGUGACCGUUCGCCCAGAUGAGCCCAGUUCGCGCCCAGCGCUGGAGAGCGGCUGGAUUAUCGUCGCCGUCUGAUUUACGCGGCUUCACAGAGGUCGCCCACGAGAUCCGGUCAUGGCGACAAGCAAACAGACGCAACUGCAGCCGGGAACCCCCGUCAGCAACGGGGCGGGGGCCGUCUACAUUUCCCGAGCGUAUCAGCCUGGAGAUCACGUGACCAACGGCACUCGAGGAAUCUUCACCGUCAGCGGUCAACUGGACCGAGAAUCGCAGCGUGUCAGCGGGUCCACAAAGAGGAAGUGCUGCGGAAAGAAGGCCAUGGUCGCGGCAGGCGUCAUCGCGACUCUCUUAGUGCUCACUGCAGCGGCCCUGGGCACAGUGUUCGGCCUGGACCUGGUGCCCGUGCGCAGCGAUCAUCACGCCGAACCUGCGACCGGGCCCGCUGUACUGCCGGGACCGCCGUGCGGCACCGCACAGUGCCAGGCCGUGUCGGACUUGUACAACCGGUCGCUGUCGCCCAAGUACGACGCUUGCCAGGACUUCCACAAACACGUGUGCACGCGAUGGAAGCUGGCCCCGAGCUCGAGGUUGACCAGCGUGUUCGGUCAGCAGGCUCUGUGGAUCAGGCGGUCGGUGAUCGGCGCCCUGCGAAACACGUCGGUGCCCAUGGACGGCCAGACGGCUGUGCAGAAGGCGGCCGGGCUGUUCCAGUCCUGCGUGGAUCUCUUCGGCGACGAAGAGCACGCCCCUUCGGGUCAGGACCCCAGCGCGGAUAUCGUCGGCUUCCUUCGUGGCCGCAACGCGACGUUCGAGGUUCAGUCUGACGUGGACCCGGCGUACGUGAUGCUCGAUUUUCCGCUCACUUACGGCCUCCCGACGCUGUUCGACGUCAGGGUGGACACUAUCCCGGGUAAUGCGGAGCGUCUGCACGUAGUUCUCAGCAUGCGGCGGUCUCUCUACGACGGGUACCGGGCAAGCGACAAGGCGAUUGAGCAACAUCUCCGGUGGCUCGGGCUCGGCGACGAUCUGAUCCGCGAUCUUGCACCGACGAUAGGAACAAUCGAGGAUUAUCUUAUAAAGCUCGGAAGGGACGCGUACGAGGACGAGGCGCCGGACGCGAGGGAAAGGCUGGUUUUGCUGCUACGCACAAUGGAGAAGGCCAUCUUGAGCAAGAAAGGUGACAACUGGAACUACUACAUGGGGAACAUCACAGGCGCACUGUUACCUGGCGAACAUUACGUCGCAUUCCAGACACGAUACCUGGUAACGUUCCUUGCGAAGGUUUUUCAGAAAAUUCCAGACCCGAAUCACCUUCGCCUCUGGAUGAGCUUUGACCUGUCCAGACAGUUGAGGCAAAUGGUCCACGUCAGUCGUUCUGGUUCGUUUCAAAUGAGCAGCCCCAUUUCUCAGUGGGAGAACCGCUGCCUGAAGCACACGUCGAAAGUGAUGCACACGGCGGCUUACGCCGCGUUCUACCACGCGUCGGUGACCACAGACACGGUAUCGAAGGCCGAAGAAAUGGUGUCCAGCAUCGCGGAGGCACUCAGGUUGCGAAUCGCUGAGUCAUCGUGGAUGGAAGACGGCACGAGGGAGAUAGCUGUGAGAAAACUGGCGAGGAUGAAGAAGAUAGUCGGCUACCCGGAAGGCGCGCAGGACGACGACUCCCUCGAUCGUUAUUACGAAGCGUACGAGAACGCGGGACCCUCGUUCGUGAGCAACUGGCUUAGCGCCUCGCGGUCUACCAGCAGGAAGGCGUUGGAGAGCCUUUCGGAGCGUCCUGCCCCGGUGCGCUUAAACGAUGACAUGGCCCUGGUGAACGCCAUAUAUAAGCCGCCUCUCAACACCAUGGUUGUGGGCAUGGGGCUUUUGCUGCCUCCUUUCUUUGGUACGGUACCGGCCGUCGACUACGCCUCGGCAGGCCACCUCGCCGCGCACGAGAUGAUGCACGCGUUCGAUGUUUCCAACCGGCGUCGAGACGACAACAACGUCGAAAGAGAAUGGUGGACGCCGGCGUCCAAGGCCGAGUACGAAAAGCGCGCUAUCUGCAUCCGGAACUCCUACAUGCCGCUGGAGGAAGAGUUCAGCGAGCCGGACGACGUCACAGAUUCUGAAAUAAUGGCGGACUUCAUCGGGCUGUCGGGACUCUACGACGCCUACCUCAAGACAAAGGACGAGCCCGGCACAUCGUUGGAGUUGCAGGGAUUGCCGGGAGUGACCAGCGACCAGUUGUUCUUCAUAGCGUUCUGCUACAAGUGGUGCUCCAAUUCUCGCCCUAGCGACCGUUAUCCGGACUUCAGCGUAAGGUGUAACAUGCCGUUGAUGAACAUGCCCGAGUUCGCGGCCGCCUUCAACUGCAGUGCCGAGUCUCAAAUGAACCCGAAAGAAAAGUGCAGCUUCUGGUGAACUAAUCAGUGACUCCGGUUGCACAAAGGAAAUGGGCCGGCGCUGUGUUCUGCAACUCCAGUAAAUGGCACGGUUCAGCGCCAUGUGGCGAACAUUCGCGUUGUGUGAACGAGUGCGUGCUUUCUUUCCCAGCCAUAUCUGCGGACACUUCCCGAUGACACAAGUGUUUUGGUGGGACGCUCAAUGACGGACAACUUUUCCAGCCAAACCGUGUUUAGUGCUCACUCGUGCUCUCUUACGUCUGACUUGAACUCAGGUGCUCGUUUUACCGCGCCGCUCGCUGCGAGUGGUCUGCAUGGUGAAAAAGACACUACCAGAUAUGGACACGCUAUUCGCAACUGUGGUGGCAUGGCAGUUCUCUCAGUCUUAGCGACGGACGCAGUUUUAGUUCGUUGGGAGGUGUCCUCCUGUACCUGUUGGUUUCGGUCUUCCGAACGUGUAUUUACUGUUUUUUACAUGAAAAGCCAGAGAGCUCAAUUCUGUGGCUGUCCUAUCCUGUGUACAAAAGAUUACCACGUUUUAUCAUUUGUUUUGACGAUGCUUAUAACAGUCUUCAGUGACUUAGUUGUGACAAGCAUACAAGCUGCUUUCACUUUUUUGUGUGAGCGCAAUGGGCAUUAUUUAUCGCAUCAGCAUUGCUAGUCAGCUGUACGCGCUUUACGCGCGCAUUUUUAAGUCCAAGGAUUCGCCGCUAGGACAAAGAAAGUAAACAAAUGGCGCAGCAUCGCUAAUAUUGCCUACAAAUUCAAUUCAGUUCAGGCUUGUUCAACAUCUGUCAGAUGUUUGGAGCACGGACAAAAAGCCUGAGAAUUGCUUGACUGGGUCCGGCCACCGCAGCAUGGCCAUGCAGUGGUAUCGAUUCCAUACAUGUAUAGGAGAAAAUCAAUAUGCGAGAAAUGCUGGAAAACUGCAGAAAACUACAAGAUAAUUCAAACAAUAGGUAGAUAUACGCAUUAAGAAAAUCCAUAAAAUAUUCAGAAGUAUUGCGAAAAAUUCACUCGAUCACGAUCGAAACAAAUAGAGAAACACAGUCAGUAUUUCAACAAAUGAUAAAACAAUGAAGCAAUGAAGACACAGAUAUCUGUUCAGUUUUUUUUGUCUGGUUGUCACAGAAACAUUAUAGAGGGCAAAGUGCAAAAUAAGAAAUGGCGAACCUGCACAACAUCUCUCAAUGCUAUUUAUUUCCUCAUUGUUUUUAGCUGUUCGAUGCCACUGCUUUAAUUUUUUGGUCCCUGUCGAAGAGCGUGUCGUUAUUAUUGUCAAGAAUUGUUCAGAUAUAUGUAAUACAUGUAGUGCCAUAGGUUACACGGGCAUGCGGUGGUAAAUGAAUGCGACUAUCCUGUGAGCACUUUCUUCAAGAAGUGGUUUUUAUUGUAUGUGACCAGUUGGCCAUAAUAAUCUUUGUUGAUAUAGAAGUUAUUAGCGGCUACAAAUGUAAAUGAGUGUAGUAACAACAGAUUGACUGAGCACCUUAUUGGUUAUUUCACAGCAUAUGUUUAAGUAUGGAUAGAAACAGUCCGUACUCAAAUCUUAUAGUUUCAGCAAAAAAAAAAAAAAAAAAAGGAACGAUAAAGAACGACUCUUAUCACAUUUAAGAUGUUACUUUCGCGAAUAUCACUCAGUAAUUUGAUAGAUACGCUUUGUAGUGCUGUGCACUAAGAGCGCGUUUUAAUGCACUGCCAACUGGAGAGCAAUCUCUCCACUUCUCUGGCGUAAGGAUAUCGCGAAACCGCUGCUCAACAGCAUGGCUCAGCACGUCUGCUCAGUAGACAUGACUAGAGCGCUUUUGCGCAAUUUUAGAGCAUUUGUGCAAUUCCAACUUACGGUAAUGAGUUUAGUCAAUUUUAUAUGUUUAACUCAUCAGUCAUAAUCCUACAUUCACUCAUGUAUUUGGUCGCUGAUAAAUGCGUUGCCCCGAAAAUAGGACUCUCCCUUCGGGCAGCGUUCUUUAGCGUAGUCGAGCGGGACUUUCUUUUCACAACACUGCUAUGCACAUUUCACAAGUCUCCGAAUAUUUCUUACGAUGCACAGAUACUCGGCGUUAGCUCAAACAAGGGAGUACGUGGGUUUUAUCCUCAGGGUACUGCAAAGUUUCAUCGCUACUCGUCCUCACGUGUGGGCAUGGCGGCUGAGCUCUGGGGUUGCGUAACAUUGAACCAAAGGCUCCGGGGCUGGGGGCAAUGUACACAUUUUCGCUCUCUUGGUUCCACUAAGUAGUUAAAAACUUUCGCACACUUCAAAGCACACGCUCAUCAACAACCGACUAAAAUCAGAACUUCGCGGAGUAGCGUUGCGUGGUGACGUGGCGAUGACGUCGCGGACGCGCGACCAACGAUAGCAUACGUUUGUUUUUGCGUUAUAUCCGAAAGUGCGGUAAACGUGACGGGGAGAUAUAGGAGCUCUGUGAGAAGGAUGUACAGUCUAUAUAUAGAUUUGCUAAACAUAUGACGGCGAAUGUUCGUGACGCAAUAGAUGGGGUCGCGAUGUUUAACUUUAAUAUUUAUUUGCGCAGAGACAAGGUGAUACAGGAGUGCACAAUUUCAGAACAUUGACGGAGUCGCAGUGCGUAGGACUCACUAGUCUGAAGGAAAAGGACGGAGCGUUAGCUUUAGAUGUGCCGGGCUGAAUGACUACAAUGUAUAAAUGUGUGCAGUGCUCUGUCUUGCUUAUUAUUUCUUCAUGCACUUGGGGCUAAGCAAACCUGUUCUAAAAAAUUCCCUGGUCCUAUUGCUUUUUGUGCACUAUAAACUUUGGUUGGUAGUCAGCACUCCAUCUGUUCUCUCUUGAUUGUGCUGUGCCAUGCGUUGUUACUCUAUUUAGCUAUAGCAAAGAACAACCACCAUAGUUCGCACUCUUAACAAAAUAUACAGUAUUGAGCAAGGCAGGUAGCUAAAUUUGUUGCACGCAAACGUUCAAAAAUGCAAGAAAUAUUAUUCAGGUGUACUCUUACAACUCGUGUUUGUGUAAGGUGUGGUCUUUUUAGCCCGUGUACAUUAUUUAUGCCCCAUACACUGAGCUGAAAGUAUUUCUUACACAAAAAAUCUGUUGAGUGAACUGUGUUGUUUGUAUUGAUUCAACUGUUUCAUUGUCUGACGACAAUUUUAUCGCGUAGCACUUGUUAACGUGUUGCCUGUGGCAUACAUGCCGUGAACUGUACAUAUAUUCAAGUGUGGACGAACAAAGACUUAACCUAACCGAAAUCUCUAUAAAGCGUUGUUUCACCCUACUCUU